AUGGCCAGAACGCCAUCCUACUUCACUACAUUACUCCGUCGAUCAUCCUCCAAAAUUACCCAAAACCCUAAACAGCAAUUUAGGGACAUCGGGAAUACUAGCUAUUGCAAUGACAGCCAGGAUAAGCCCCAACAUUCGAGUGAAAUUGUGAAACAGAUCUGUGGAACUAUAAGGUCAAAACCUAGAUGGGAAAAUACACUUUUAUCGGAUUUCCCUGGUGUUAAUUUCUCGGAUUCUAGCUUUUUGAAUCAAAUGUUACUUCAACAAAAGAAUGUUUUUUUGUCAAUUAGGCUUUUGCAUUGGCUCAGUUCUACUUUUGGGUAUUCACCACCACAAUCAACUUGUAGUUUGAUCUUUAAUUCACUUGUAGAAGAUAAAGCUGCGAAAGCUGCCAAGAGUUUUCUCGAUUUUACUCAAUUUGUCCCGGAGUCGGCUGAUCUUGAAUCAUAUAUAAGGUGUUUGUGUGAAAGUAAAAUGAUUGAGGAUGCACUCCAAGUGUUCGAUGAAAUGAAGAAAGCUGGAGUUUGCCCUUCAUUAGAAACAUGGAACUGUCUUUUACUAGCUUCCAUUCAAGAAGGAUAUACCAAUCUUGUAUGGGAAUUAUAUGGUGAAAUGAUGCAAUCCGGCAUUGUUGCAGAUCUUGAUACUGUCAACUGUUUGAUCCAAGCCUUUUGUCUGGACAAAAAUGUCACAGAAGGGUAUCAACUUCUUCGACUAAUUUUAAACAAAGGGUAUGUUCCUCACAAAUCUGCUUUCGACAAAUUGUUAUUUGAAUUUAUACUGGAUCAAAAGUAUGACAGAGUACCCGCUCUUCUUCACAUCAUGAUUGCAAAAGGCAUAAAACCUGAUCUUUAUACUUAUCAACAAAUCAUCCAUGGAUUAUGCCUCAGAAGAAUGCAACGUGAAGGUUUAUUUAUAUUCAACAACCUCAAGAACAGAGGCUACGCCCCUGACAAAAUCAUGUACACAACAAUGAUCCAUGGACUUUGUAAAAUGAAAUGGAUCACAGACGCAAGAAAACUAUGGUUUGAAAUGAUUCAAAAAGGAAUCGAACCGAAUCAAUACACAUACAACACACUCUUAUACGGGUAUUUCAGAAUUGGACAAAUAGAAAAGGCCCAAAAUCUCUACAAAGAAAUGAAAAAAGAGUACAAAGAAACCCUAAUUGCUUACAACACUAUGAUCAAUGGCUUGUGUUCACAUGGUAUGACAAUGGAAGCUUUUCAACUAUUUAAACAGAUGGAGAACCAAAAUGUAUGUAAAGAUGUGAUAACUUAUAAUUCUUUGAUUAAGGGUUUUAGUAAAGAAGGUAAGUUAACCGAGGGUUUGACCCUCUUGAGAGAACUUGUUGACCAAGGAUUGCAGCCUUCUUGUGCUUCUUAUGGACCAAUUAUUGGAAAGCUUUAUGAAUUGGGACAGAUAGAUGAAGUCAAAAUCCUGUGGAAUGAGAUGCAGGAUAAGGGUGUGGAGCCAGUUUCUGUGUGUAUUGAUGAACAUGUUAUUAUUGGAUUGAGCAAAAAAGGGUUUAUUGAAACAGGGGUAUAUUGGUUGGAAUACAUGGUGAAAAAUAGGCUUAUACCCCAUCAAGGAACUUUUGAAAAGAUGAUUGCGAUUUUAUGUGAAAGGGAUAAGUUAGAUGUUGGUUUGAGUGUUUUUGGUCAUAUGUUUAAAAUAGGCUAUACACCAAGUUCUCAACUGAAGAACAUGAUGGAAACUAACAGUUUUUUGAUUGUUUAG